CACUGCAUCGUUGACUUGGUUCCUUGGCAAAGCAGGCAACAAUUCUUCCAGGAGGGGCUCCAAUUCCGCUUCUGGAUUCCCCUCCUCGAUCGAAGCCCUUCAUCGUUCCUCUUCCCCCUCUUUGUUAUCUGUAAUAUAUGAUUCGCCUUUGAGCUCCUUCCCUUCUUGUUCCCCUUACAUCUUCUCUCUCUCUCUCUCUCUCUCUCUCAUCCUGUAUUGCUCUGUCUUCACUAAGAUACAUAAAGUUUCUAUCUUCUAACUCGUUAAAAAGCAGCCUACAUAUUUCGCAAGAGGCCCAGUAUGCGGCGGGACCCCAAGGUCAACGGCGGCGGCGCAACCCGCUCGAGUGCUGCCCAGACGGGAAUUCAGCAGUACACGGCGGAGCUGAGCUCCUACGAGGAGGCGUGUCGCCUUUACCCCGACCUCCAGUCCUUCGAUGCCACCGUGCAGCAGCGCACAAGCCACGCCAUCUACACGCUCGCCCAAGGCGUCGAGAUCGGCUCACUCUCUUUCGACACUCUCAGGGAGAUCACCGACGGCAUCCUCGAGACGAACCAGGAGGUGGUCCGUUUCCUGCUGGAAUGCAAGAAGGACAUCUGGAAGAACCCCGAGCUCUUCGACCUCGUCGAUGACUACUUCAACUGCAGCAUCCAGACCCUCGACUACUAUACCGAGCUAGAGAGGUGCCUCAAGAAUGCUCGCGACAGCCAAUUGAUCAUCCACUUCGCUCUCCAGCGCUUCGAGGAGGAGGAUGAAGCGGAAUCCAGGGAAGAUGACAAGACGAAGUACAUUGAAACCCUGAAGAAAUUGAGGCAAUUCAAGGCAGCUGGUAAUCCGUUCACCGAAGAGUUCUCUCAGGUCUUCCACUCCGUUUACACUAUGCAGCGGUCAAUGCUCGAGAAGCUGCUGCUGAGAAAGAGGAAGCUCGACAGGAAGCUGAAGUCCGUGAAAGCAUGGAGGAAAGUGUCGAACAUGAUCUUCGUGGCAGCUCUCGCAGCAUUCAUUAUAUGCUCGAUCGUGGCAGCUGCCAUAGCAGCACCUCCUGUUGCCGCUGCCUUGGCCGCGGCAUCUGCAAUUCCCAUCGGUUCGCUGGGCAAGUGGGUCGGUUCACUGCUAAAGCGACACCAAGAUGCUUUAGUGGAGGAGAAGGAGCUGCUUUCUUGGAUGCAGAUCGGUACCUGCGUCGCUCUAAAAGACUUGGAUACCCUGCGGUUGCUGGUCGAUAAGCUGGAAAUCCAUUUCAAUUCGGUGCUGGAGAAUGCAGAUUUUGCCCUCAGGGAUGAGGAGGCAGUGAAGUUUGCAGUGGAGGAGAUCAAGAAACAAAUGGAAUUCUUCAUGAACAAUAUAGAGGAUCUGGGGAAGCAAGUCGAUCAGUGCAGCAGGUAUAUCAGGAAGGCAAGGACAGUGGUUUUGCAGAGGAUCAUGAUGCACCCACACCCACACCCACACCCAAAAUAAAGAAGAAGACACCUUGGUAUGUGAUUGUGAAAGCUCUGUAUCUUCUGCCAUUGCUGCAAUCCACAACCAUUUGAUCUAGGAGAACCAACCAACCCACCCGAAGCUACGAAGCUGAUAUAAUUAUCUAAUAAUAAAAAUCUUUUUACCAAAUAAUCCUGAUGACUAUGUUGUAUUAGCUUUAGAUAUGUAUGUCAUUAUCCGAGCGUAUCGUGGUGA